AUGGAAGACCCGGCGGUGCUGGUGCUGAAGCGGGCGGUGGAGCUGGACUCGGCUUCUCGCUUCCAGGAGUCCCUUGUUUGCUAUCAGGAAGGGAUUGACCUCCUGAUGCGGGUCCUCAAAGGUGAGGCUUUUUCUUCCUCCCCGUCGCUCCCUGCAGGUGGAUUUCCCUGUUAGGUGCGGUCUGAAGGCAGAGGAGCGCGGCAAAGUCCUGGGUGCGCUUAGAGCAAGUCCCUUGGGAACCUGUGUGACUUCCGAGGAGAUGCGUAUAGGAUCGUGGAGCUCAUUAUCUCUAAAUAAAGCAAGUCAUCCUGCGCUGUUUGUAAAUGUGUAUCUGAAGAAGUGUGCAUGCACACGAAAGCUCAUACCAGUAACUAACUUAGUUGGUGCUACUGGAAGGUAUUUUUUAUUUUAUUUGUUUUGUUUUGUUUAGGAACACCCUGCUUACGAAAUAAUAUGUAGAUUUUUAAUUUUUACAAAUACUUUCACAAAUACUUAUUAUCAAGUUUAUAUACCGCCCUAUACCCGCAGGUCUUAUUUCUCAUUUUAUUUUUCAUUUAUACUUUUCAAAUUUAUACAUUUCACUAAUUUUACGAUCAUUUUGCCAUUUCAAAACUUGACUUCCUUCCCCCUCUUUCUGGGUUCCUUAAUUUGUUUUUAAUAUCUUCUGCGAAGCCAAAUUAACUUAACUUACUCAUUCAUCUUCUUUACAUAUAUACUCUUAUAAAACUUGAGGUUGUUACAAUAAUCGUUCCAAUGUUUUUAUCUGUUUAUAAUUUAUCUAUAAAUAUUCAAUAAACCGUUUCCAUUCUUUUAUAAAAGAUUAGUUAUCUUGAUUCCUUAUUCUUCUGGUAAGUUUCACCAUUUCUGCAUAUUCCGUAAGUUUUUGUAUUCAUUCUUCUAUACCUGCAGGUUUAGGGAGGUUACAGGGAAGCUUUUAAUGUUUAAUGAGUUAUUGUAUUUUAAUAUUCUGUUGGAAGCCGCCCAGAGUGGCUGGGGAAACCCAGCCAGAUGGGCGGGGUAUAAAUAAUAUAAAAAUAUUGUUGUUGUUGUUGUUAUUAAAAUCACAAUAUAAAAACACAAAAUACAUAAUCAAAAUAAAAACAACCCAAUAACCCCCAUCCACUCCAACACAUUUUAAAAUGGCAUUGGAUGCCAAUCAGCCAAAGGCCUGGUUAAAGAGGGGCAAGAAGCCACUGCCGAAAAGGCCCAUUCUUGUGUUGCCACCCUCUAGACCUCUUUUGGAGGAGGCACACAAAAUAGGGUCACAGAUGAUCUCAGAGUCUGGGUAGGUUCAUCUGGAAAGCGGUGGUCCUUGAGGUAUUGCGGUCCUGAGCCAUUUAAGGCUUUAUUGGUCAAAACCGGCACUUUGAAUUGGGCCCGGUAGAUUAUGCUACCUUAAACGUAAAGGGACCCCUGACCAUUAGGUCCAGUCAUGACCAACUCUGGGGUUGCGGCACUCAUCUCACUUUAUUGGCCGAGGGAGUCGGCGUACAGCUUCCGGGUCAUGUGGCCAGCAUGACUAAGCCGCUUCUGGUGAACCAGAGCUGCACACAGAAACGCUGUUUACCUUCCCACCAGAGCACUUGUGCUUUCGAACUGCUAGGUUGGCAGGAGCAGGGACCGAGCAACGGGAGCGCACCCCGUCGCGGGGAUUCGAACCACUGACCUUCUGAUCGGCAAGUCCUAGGCUCUGUGGUUUAACCCACAGCACCCCCCGCGUCCCUAUGCUACCUUAGAUGCUACAAUAAGCCUAUCUGCCCAGUAAGUUAUUAUGGCAGACAUAUCCUCCACAAAAUUAGAUAAUUCUUAAGGGAAUUCAAAGGUAUCCAUAACCCUUUAGUCCAUGGUCCUUUAAAAGGGUGAAGAAGAUGAUCAGGGGCCUGGAAACCAAGCCUUAUGAAGAACGGUUGAGGGAAAUGGAUAUGUUUAAUCUGGGAAAGAGAAGACAAUGAUAUCCAUCUUCAAAUAUCUAAAGGGCUUGUCAUGAGAGUUGGGUACUGGUCAGUUCCCCUGUUGUGUGCAUGCAGGUCUAAAAUUUAAAGUGAAAGGAAGGGAAUUGAUGAACUAUUUUUUUCAUUGUUUUUCUGCAUCUUGUAUUCUGUAAUUUCUGUAUUCUGUAUUUCAGCAACAAAAGAUCAGAAGAAAAAGGCUCAUUACAGAGACAAAAUAACAAGUUACAUGGACAGGGCAGAAGAGAUUAAGAAAUAUAUUGAGAAAGAGAAAGAAGGUAUGAAGCUGUAAUGUAAGUUUCAUUAUUAUGGCUGUGGAAUUAUAUAUUGUAUUCUUUGUUUCAUUCGAAAAUGCCAUACUGCAUUUUUUUCAAACUGAAAAGUUUUCUUCUUUUUAGAUGGAAAAUACCACAAACAAAUUAAAAUAGAAGAAAAUUCAAAAGGUUUCAGCUAUGAAAAGCUGUUCCAAGAAUAUCUUAAUGAAACUGUUACAGAGGUUUGGGUUGAGGACCCUUAUAUUAGGCAAGUCCAUCAGGUAAGACAUGGUUGAUUUAUACACUCAAAACGAUUUCUUCCUUUCCAUCUAAAAAAUUAAUCUUAUUUACUUAUUUACAGUUGUACAACUUCUUAAGAUUCUGUGAAAUGCUUGUUAAAGGACCAUGCAAAGUGAAAACUAUACAUCUUCUUACAUCUCAUGAUGAAGUAAGUAUUUUACCCUGACUGCAAUCCACUUACUUGGAUUGUGUCCCAAGGAAUUCAGUGAUACUUGCUUCUGAGUAGAUCAUGAUGAUAAUGAUGAUAACAGCAACAGCUAGACCACCAGCUCCCCAAACACACUUAAAUAUGAUAUGCAUAGGGUUGCAGUGUUGUCCAUAUAAAGUUGUACUUACUGAAGUUAAGCAGUGACUGUAAUUGCCAUGGCAAAAGUAAAAAAAGGAUUUGCUUUUGUCCAUGAAUUUUUCAGUUAACAUUUUGCUAGCAGUAAUAUAUUCUGGAUUCAGAAUGAGUCUGAAAUUAAUAUACUAUCUUUUUUCUUUCUGAGGAUACCGGUCUAUUUCUGACAGAUAUCUUCAACAACUCAGUAGUGAGGGAAACAAGAUGGAAAAGAUUGCUAUAUUUUGCACCUAAAAGUAGACACUUUUUGUACUGGGGAGGUUUUAGGGUAAUAGGAGGCUUAUGAAUAGCCACUCAUCAAAUUACCUGUGUUUACUAACAAUAGGGAAAUAAGAGGUUUUUAUUAAUUAGAAGAGAAUGUUAAUUAGAAGAAAAUUAUGUUGUGAACCGCCCUGAAAUCUGUGGAUGAAGAGCGGUAUACAAAUUUAAAUAAUAGUAAUUAAAUUUAGGUAAUUUAUACUGAAUUAGACGAUUGCUUGAUAUUGUCUAUUGAUUAGCCAGACUCUCAAAUGUUUCAAGUGGUUUCUCAGCCUUCCUGGAGAUGUGAAAAAUUGAACCUGGGAUGAUAUUCAUGCAAAACAUGUUUUUUACAACAAGGUGGUUCUCCUUUCAAGCCAUCAGUGUGCUACAAAUGACAUAAUUUAACUGUGUUUGGAGAGCUGGUAGUCGAGUUUUUAAAAAACGUGUGAAUAUGGACUUCAUCGCAAGUCUUAGUUUGAAUCCAUAGUUAGAAGUGUGUGUAGGUGAGGCUUGGUUUGGUGUGUGGUGUUUUCAUCUUUUGUCCUAUGACAUCUAGCCUCUUAACUUUUACUAUCUACCAAACAUACACAAUCCAUUUCGUAAGAUACUUUGCAGGAAUUAUGUUUAACGUUAAAUUUGAGUAUCUGCAUUGGUAAAAGUGAAAAUAUUGAAGAGGCUUAUUCAUUCUGAGAAAUACGACCAAUAUGAAUUUACAGUAUGUCGGCCAUUAUCUUUAUUUGAUUUGUAAAGCAAACAAAUCUUUACAGGGCAAUGAAAAGAGUCAACAAAUGACUACCCUGGAAGAGAUACAACAAUCCCUGAAAGAUUUUGGCGUUAUUCUGGAUGUAUCAUACUCUCCGUCAAUACACGAUCGAGAAAUUAGGUUGGUGACAUGUGAAUGAAAUGUUCCACAUUGAUGGUCUAAGAUACAGGUGGUGAUAAUCAACUAAAUCAUAAUGAUAGUAUAUCCACUGAAAUCAAUUGAUAACAUUUAUUCCAGCAGCUCAACCCUGAGAAUGACUAACAUUGGCUAUCACCCAUAUAAUUGAUUACUAAGACUUUUAUCCUAAUUCCACUUACCUGGAAGUAAGCCCCGCUGAAUGCAGUGGGGUUUACAUUUGAGUAAACAUGGUUGGAAUUGCAACCUAAGUUUAUCUUCAAACCUUAAGAGUUGUCAGUUCAGGUUCUGGAAACUUGUUAACUUUUAAGAGUAUUUAGCAGUGGUGUCUCCUGCCAAUUGUUCAAAUUACCACUUGUCCCCCUGCCUGCCUGCUGUUGAACAAAAAUGACUACAGCAAGUCAAAUGAUGGGAAGAGCAGUCAAAAUAUUUACAUGCACACCCAUGGUUAAUAUAUAUUUAACAGGUAACUGUUCGUUUCAACUUUGCAUGCCAUGGAGAGGCAAAGAUGGCCUACUUCAUAUAUUCUCCACCCCCCUCCCCCUUAGGCUUCUAUUGGAGUGUCUGCUUCAUGUGAAAUGGUAUUUGUAUGGGAAAGGGCUGACACUUGCAUCACUCCUCCAUGUUGCAAAUUAAGACCAUGCCCUGCUAUGAACAUCGUUGUUAACUCAAUUGGAACAACUUGAAAGUUGCAGAGAUUGAAAUUGCCAACUAUCAUCUGUUCUUUGCUCAUUGUGCUUCCUGAGCUUUUUACAUAUUAAGAGUGCUGUGAAAUUAUUUUCUUUCUCUUGUUAACCUUACAUAUGUCUAGUUUCUAUAUUUUUGAGGAAGCACUUCUCUUUUUUGCAUUUAACACACAGAUUCAACAAUGGAUGGAUGAUUAAAAUUGGAAGAGGCCUUGAUUAUUUUAAGAAACCACAGGUGGGAACUGAAUAGAAAAAUAUAAAUUUUAAAAUGAAUUUGAACUGCUGAAUGGCUUAAUUGGUAGAAUAAUUUGUUUUCCACAGGGUCGUUUUUGCCUUGGAUACUGCGAUUUUGAUUUGAGACCAUGUCAUGAAACUACAGUGGAUAUCUUUCACACUAAACAUACAAAGAAAACAUGA